AUGUCUGUUUCUGGCGCUUGGCUAAUUGCCCCAUCAAUUGAAUCACCAGUCUCGAGCCACAUUGCUCUGGGGAAUAUCAUCACCGACCCCCAUUCGCCUGACAGUCCCCUCCAGCGGGUCAGACCCGAGGACUUGACCAGCUUCCCAACGACUGAAGACGAAGAUCCUGAAGGCAACUACUCGCUUACGUCUGCACUCGAAUCGACUUUGGAGCUGGACCUUCGUCUUCUAGUGUUCGUGCUGUCGUUCCGAAGAAGUCCCCGCCAAUUCUCGGACCAUAGCGCAGUGGGCCUACGGACGCGCAAGCUCGCAUCGACUUUCCCCUGGGUCGAACUCAGCACUUUACUUGAGCGACAGCCGAUCCUUGGCCACCUGAUCUCCGGCAGGCCAGUGUACAUCGUUUCCGGGAUCAUGAUCGCGAGAAAAUUUCGCCAUCGCUUUGCGAGGGACCGGCAGUCCCAGACGAACCUUGGAGCGAGGGUUGACGGGCUUUUGGUGGCCCCAUCCAUGCAUCUUGCGGGGGCUCUGGAAACCCCCGAACACAAAGCAACCGGCACCGACCAUGAGCGCAACAACAUCCUCCUUGCCUAUCAACUACACAGACUCACCCUCGACCAGGAAGGCCGGACUCAGACGCAGAUUCACCGCUCGCCAGCAGCAUUUGCGUCGGUCGAUGACGACAGGGCUAACAAUGGUGAUGAGGAUGAAGAGACUGGAAGUGGUCGAGGUCUGGCUGUGCGCAUUGAUGAGAUGACCUCUGAAGACUGGCGUGCCCAAGGUUGGCAGAUCUUGCUAUCUGCGUUGGAGGAGACCGAGACCGAUACCGAGACCGGAAACUAG